UGUGUUGACGUUAAGCCAAACAGCGAGCACAGUGGGCUAACAUUAGCUCAUGCUUGAGCUAACGUUACUCUCACGUGGACGUCGCACCUGUGGCAUGUUUCAAAAUGUCCCAACACAAUAUGUCCUGUCAUAAAGCCACAGUGAAAAGCAAAUCCUGUGAGACAAGUCAUAUAAUAUAUCAUCCCCCGUCACACACAUGCUACUUAUAACGUUUAUCACAAAGGUACCACACAACAAUAUGCCACUUCUUGUCCAUCGCGUCCGUCACUCUUUAUGUCACUGGUUUAUGUGGAAUGGAAAGGAGCGCGCGCUGUAGUUGUCCUGUUCCAGAGGGGCAUGUAGGGCCGGUAAUCCCCCCGCGGCCUGCCAGCAUCCUCCCUCCCUCGCGCUCUUGCUCAAGGGCAAAUCGAGGAGCUCAUCUCCCGCCGCUGCGCAGCUGCCGAAGACAGCGCAGCAUCCUCUCCACGCUCGGCGGCUCGGGACCUCUCCUCUGUCGGAUGAAUGCUGAGGAGCCACUCGGGUGGAUGGACGGAGGACGACCUGCACGUCGCACCUGUGGCAUGUUUCAAAAUGUCCAACAUGAGAUGAUUAGACUACUGGCGUUAGUCUAGGGAUCGGUUUGGUGCGCCAAACUUUUUUGGAUUGCGGUGAUAAGACGCACUUUUCUGUCCGGUUGGAUUGGCGGUUUGGCUCGUCAUGAAGAAACACCCUUCAACGUAAGACAUGGAUUUGACGUGGAAAGUUUGGCUUUUCCUUCGUCUAAACACCGAAGAACUCAACUCUGGAAACGAUGCUGUAAACCCCGGAGUUUCAUAUCUGUAAGUACAUUUUAGUACAGCAGAAUCAGGAUGAAAAGAUGGCAGCCAUGCUGUUACCAACGGGUCCUGAUGGCUUGCGGCGGUUCACUCGCGAAUCCAUGGCUGCGCUGGAGCAGCGGAUUGCGCAGGAGCAGGCCAAGAAGGCCAAGGAUUGCCCCGACACUCACAGGAACGCAGAGCCAUCCAAACCCAGGAUCGACCUGGAGGCCGGCAAGCAGCUGCCGCGCAUCUUCGGUGACAUCCCUACAGAACUUAUCGGGGUGCCACUGGAAGACAUUGAUCCGUUUUACUACAAGAACCAGAGGACUUUUAUAGUACUUAACAAAGGGAAGGCCAUCUUCAGAUUCAGUGCCACAUAUGCAGUUUACAUAUUUAGUCCAUUACACUUCAUCAGAUCAAUCGCCAUAAAAAUCUUAGUCCAUUCAUUGUUCAGCUUGUUCAUUAUGUUCACUAUACUGACCAACUGUUUCUUCAUGGCCAUGUCUGACCCGGCACCAUGGACAAAGUACCUGGAGUAUACUUUCACUGGCAUUUACACUUUUGAGUCUGCGAUAAAGAUAUUAGCAAGAGGAUUCUGUAUAAUGCCGUUCACCUUCUUGAGAGAUCCAUGGAACUGGCUGGACUUCAGCGUCAUUCUCAUGGCAUAUGUGACAGAAUUUGUAGACCUUGGAAACGUUUCAGCUUUGAGAACCUUCAGAGUACUUAGAGCCCUGAAAACCAUCUCAGUCAUCCCAGGUCUGAAGACCAUCGUAGGCGCUUUGAUCCAGUCUGUGAGGAAACUGGCAGACGUGAUGAUCCUGACUGUCUUCUGCCUCAGCGUGUUCGCCCUCAUCGGCCUGCAGCUCUUCAUGGGCCUGCUGCGGCAAAAGUGCAUCCGCAGCCUCACGCACUGCGCCAACUCCUCCUUCAGCCCCAACGCAUCCUUCAUCUGCAACAACCGGACCUGGAGCUCCAGGGCGGACUUCCUCACCAGCGAAGAUAAUUUUUACAAAGUUGAAGGAGCAAAGGAUGCCUUGAUAUGUGGAUACGGGAGUGAUGCAGGGAAGUGUCCAGAUGGAUUUGACUGCCUAAAAAUAGGGAGGAAUCCAAAUUACGGCUACACCAGUUUUGAUACCUUCGGCUGGGCUUUUCUCGGCCUCUUCCGACUCAUGACACAAGACUACUGGGAAAAACUGUUCCACCAGACGCUGCGUUCAGCAGGGAAGACCUACAUGGUUUUCUUUGUGCUGGUCAUCUUCCUGGGCUCCUUCUACCUGGUCAACCUCAUCCUUGCUGUAGUGGCCAUGGCCUACGAGGAGCAGAAUCAGGCCACCAUCGCUGAGGCAUGGCAGAAGGAGAGGGAGUUCCAGCUGGCCAUGGAGCACCUCCGCACAGAGCAAAGACUGGCAGCAAAAAGACUAAAAGCACAGGAUACAGACUCAGUGUUGUCCCCAGACUUGUCUCCGGUCUGUCUGAAGACAGGCAGCAUACGUCGAAACAGCAGCAGGAGAAGAAGAUCACAUCGGGCGUUGUCGGAGGAAACGGCAGAGGAAGCUGCUGAAGAGAAGUUUGACCCACUGGAUGAGCCAAUGCCAUCUCUGUCUCCCCUCCCCGUCCACCCUCUGCUGGCCACACUCUCCUCUCACCCCCUCAGCACCAGGAGAGGAAGCCAGGUCAGCGUCUUCAGCACUUUUCGGGCGCACAACAACUCGGAGGCUGACUUUGGGGACGACGAGUACAGCGCGCAUGGGGACGCCUUCAGGAGUCGUACUAGUUCGACAGCAACGCCCUGGAGGAGGAGGACCGGCAGCGUGCGGAGCCACUGCUCUCAAAUCUUGGCCCCUAGCCUCAACAUCAAUGGCCGGCUGAACAUCUCCAUUGAUCAGAAUGGAAUCCCCACCCUGGGCCUCCACACUCCCACCUCCAUGCCCGCCUACAGCAUGGAGAGGGUCAAGGACGACACAAAGUUCACAGGUGUGGAAGACACCUGUCUGGAAGUUCCCAGACUUUUCCUGCAGCCCUCCCCGACAGUGACUGAGCGCCCCGCAGUGCAGAGGAAAAGAGGGCUGAGCUCUGUCAGCUUCUUCAGCGAUGCCAUGGGGGAGCUCGAGGUGUCGAGGCAGAAGUGCCAUCCCUGCUGGUACAGAUUCGCCAAGAGGUACCUGAUAUGGGACUGUUGCCCCUGGUGGCUAAAGAUGAAGGACUGGGUGAAGUGCAUGGUGAUGGAUCCUUUCCUGGACCUGGGUAUCACCGUAUGCAUUGUGCUGAACACCCUAUUCAUGGCCCUGGAGCACUAUCCCAUGACUGAUGAGUUCAACACGAUGCUUUCAGUGGGCAAUCUGGUGUUCACAGGAAUCUUUACAGCUGAGAUGGUCCUGAAGCUGAUCGCCAUGGACCCCUACUACUACUUCCAACAGGGCUGGAACAUCUUUGACGGCAUCAUUGUUUGCCUCAGUCUGAUGGAGUUAGGUCUUUCCAAUGUAGAGGGGCUGUCGGUUCUGCGAUCCUUCAGACUGUUACGAGUCUUCAAGCUGGCAAAAUCCUGGCCUACUCUCAACACUCUCAUCAAGAUCAUUGGUAACUCGGUGGGCGCCCUGGGAAACCUGACGCUGGUGUUGGCCAUCAUCGUGUUCAUCUUCGCUGUGGUGGGCAUGCAACUGUUUGGCAAGAACUACCAGGACUGCGUGUGUAAGAUCUCCAUCAACUGUCAGCUGCCUCGCUGGCACAUGAAGGACUUCUUCCACUCCUUCCUGAUUGUGUUCCGGGUGCUGUGCGGCGAGUGGAUAGAGACCAUGUGGGAUUGUAUGGAAGUGGCCGGGCAGCCCCUCUGUAUCCUGGUGUUCAUGUUGGUCAUGGUUAUUGGGAACUUGGUGGUGUUGAAUCUUUUUCUGGCCUUGCUGCUGAGCUCCUUCAGCUCCGACAACCUCUCUGCUCCAGAAGAAGAUGGCGAUUUGAACAACAUCCAGAUCGCCAUUGCCCGCAUCCAAUCCGGUGUCUCCUGGCUCACCACGUGCGUCGUGGACCUUUUCAACCGCAGCUUGAAGCGUCGGAAGCAGAAGGUCAAUGAGGCCAUCAAGCCGGUUGGGAAUCACAUAGAAAGCAAUGGAGGGAUUUUUGGACGCUACGGCGAAAAGUAUAUCGUACCAGAGGAAGACAGCUACAUGACAAAUCCAAAGUUGACGGUCAUAGUUCCCAUUGCACCCGGAGAGUCGGAUGUGGAGUUUUUGGAGGAGGAGGAGGUUUCUGAAUCAUCAGAGGACGAAGACAACAAACCGGAGAUUAUCAGCCUAUCAGAGGGCAGCACGGUGGAUCUGAGGAAGCCUGGAAAAGAAAUUGACAACUUAUCAGAGCUGGCUGAAGAGAGUAUGGAGCCAGUGGAAUGCUUUCCAGAAUUGUGCAUGAGGCACUGUCAUUGCUGCAAAAUCGAUACGAGUCGAGGUCUGGGUCAGGCCUGGUGGAGGCUGAGGAAGACCUGCUACCAGAUUGUGGAACACAGCUGGUUUGAGACUUUCAUCAUCUUCAUGAUCCUGCUCAGCAGUGGGGCCCUGGCCUUUGAAGACAUCUACAUUGAGAAGAGAAAAGUUGUGAAGGUGGUGCUGGAGUAUGCUGACAAGAUCUUCUCCUACAUCUUUGUGCUGGAGAUGUUCCUCAAGUGGAUUGCUUAUGGCUUCAAGAAGUAUUUCACCAACUACUGGUGCUGGCUCGACUUUCUCAUCGUGGACGUCUCCUUGAUAAGCCUGGUUGCAAAUUCACUGGGAUAUUCCGACUUUGCUGCAAUCAAGUCCCUGAGGACUCUCCGGGCUUUGAGACCUCUCAGGGCUCUGUCCAGAUUCGAAGGCAUGCGGGUGGUCGUGAACGCUCUCAUAGGAGCCAUCCCGUCCAUUAUGAACGUGCUGCUCGUGUGUCUCAUCUUCUGGCUCAUCUUCAGCAUCAUGGGGGUCAACCUGUUUGCUGGAAAGUUUGGGAAAUGCGUGAACAGAACUGGCUUCAUUCACAGCGUCUCCGUAGUCAACAACAAGUCGGAGUGCCUCUCUAUGAACGACACCCAGUUCUACUGGACCAAAGUGAAGGUCAACUUUGACAACGUGGGACUUGGCUACCUUUCCCUUCUGCAAGUGGCUACAUUUAAAGGAUGGAUGGAAAUAAUGCAUGCAGCUGUUGACUCAAGAGGAGUUGAGGAACAACCCAUCAGAGAAAUAAACCUCUACAUGUACCUCUACUUUGUCGUCUUCAUCAUAUUCGGCUCCUUCUUCACCCUCAAUCUCUUCAUUGGGGUCAUAAUUGACAAUUUCAAUCAACAGAAAAGAAAGUUGGGUGGGCAGGAUAUCUUCAUGACGGAAGAACAGAAGAAGUACUACAACGCUAUGAAGAAGUUGGGAUCUAAAAAACCUCAAAAGCCAAUACCAAGGCCUGCGAACAUUCUCCAGGCCUUCUUCUUCGAUCUCGUGGCCAAGCAGGCCUUCGACAUCAUAAUCAUGAUGCUCAUCAUCGUCAACAUGGUGACCAUGAUGGUGGAAACCGACGAGCAGUCAGAGCGCAAGGAAACCAUCCUCAACAAGAUCAACCUGGUCUUCAUCGUGAUCUUCACCACCGAAUGCCUGAUCAAGAUCUUCGCCCUCCGCUGUUAUUUCUUCACAGUAGCGUGGAACAUCUUUGAUUUUGUGGUGAUAGUCCUCUCUAUCGUGGGAAUUGUUCUUGCCGACAUCAUUGAGAAGUACUUUGUAUCUCCCACCCUGUUUCGGGUCAUCAGACUGGCAAGGAUCGGACGGGUACUUCGACUUAUACGUGCAGCCAAAGGAAUAAGGACUCUCCUGUUUGCCUUAAUGAUGUCCAUGCCAGCACUGUUCAACAUUGGCCUCCUGCUUUUCCUCGUCAUGUUCAUCUACGCCAUCUUCGGUAUGGCGAACUUUGCCUACGUGAAAAAGUCGGACGGGAUUGACGACAUGUUCAACUUUGAGACGUUCGGGAACAGCAUGAUCUGCCUUUUUCAGAUCAGCACCUCGGCAGGUUGGGACAACCUCCUGAGUCCCAUCAUGGCCAGCUCCCCAGAGGAGUGUGACCUCCGCUAUGUCAACACUGGCACUAAUACGCGGGGUAACUGUGGCAGCCCCUCAAUGGGCAUAGCUUUCUUUGUAAGUUACAUAAUCAUUUCUUUCCUCAUCGUGGUGAAUAUGUACAUAGCUAUCAUUCUGGAGAACUUCAGCGUUGCCACAGAGGAGAGCACAGAGCCGCUGAGCGAGGAUGACUUUGAAAUGUUCUAUGAGGUGUGGGAGAAGUUUGAUUCCGAGGCCACGCAGUUCAUUGAGUUUUCCAUGCUGUCGAUCUUCGCCGACACCUUGUCGGAGCCGCUGCGCAUAGCCAAGCCCAACAGGAUCAAGCUGAUCUCCAUGGACCUUCCCAUGGUCAGCGGGGAUAGGAUCCACUGCCUGGACAUCCUGUUUGCCUUCACAAAGCGUGUCCUGGGAGAGUCGGGAGAGAUGGACGCCCUGAAGCAGCAGAUGGAGGAGAAGUUUAUGAUGACCAACCCCUCCACGAUUUCGCACGAGCCCAUCACGUCGACGCUGCGCCGCAGACUGGAGGAGGUGUCCGCCACCGUCAUCCAGAGGUGUUACAGGAGGCAUCUGGUGCGCCGGCACAUGAAGCAGGCGUCCUACCUCUACAGGCAGAUAAACUACGAGACUGCGGUGGAUGUGGAGAACGCUCCAGAAACGGAGGGGCUGAUAGCCUCCAUGAUGCAUCACUAUGGACUUGUCGGGCUAGAGAUUGCACAGACAACAGAGGACACGCUACUGUCCUCGCCACCAUCUUAUGACAGCGUGACCAGAGCGACCAGUGAACUCUCUGAGGUCGCCAGAUCCAUGUACAGGGGCUCUGAACUCGGAGAGCCUGGUGAGAGCUACGAGGAAACUUUCCUUUGAGACUCAAAUGUGUGCAGAGUGUUUGUGAUUUUGCUCUUUUUUUUGUUUACAGCAGAGAAUAUAGUUCAGAAUUACUCACGGUCAAUGAGAAUAAACUUUUUUACCUAUAAGUAGAAGCCGAGGAACUUAGCUUUUAUUUAAAUUGAACAGCCCAGAAGUCCACAUCUGUGAGAGGAACCUGAUCUUCUCCUCACACUAUCUCAGAAAUGGAAAUUUAAAACACCAAAGUAAAAAAACUGUAUUUAAAUUUCAACCGUGAUUAAUACGAAUAACCCGUAAUCUCACACAUGUUAACUACAUUCACUCAAAAGCCCAAAUGAUCUGCAGUUAUUUCAUACCAAUAAACACUGAACAUCAACAUCAACUUCAAAAUGUUUUGAAAAUGCAAUUUGUAUUUACAGCAGAAUGUUUGUCAAGUUUCCAGAGAUACGACUGGGAAACAAACACUUUCAUGUUUUAUAUGCCAGAUGGCGUAAGUUGUCUUCUUGCACCUGGGAUUUAUCUACUUUUGUUGCAAAAACGCUGAGCACUUGUACAGGGAAAUUUGUAUUCAGAGGCCAAUAUCACCCGAUGGCCGAGGACAGGGGGGACAUUAAAAUGACAUUUAUUUCACCUGCUUGACCAAUACAGCAGAAAGGGGGCACAAACACAAAAGCCUUAUUUUAAAAAGGCAAAAGCAGUUAAAAUAAGUAGCUUGUUUACUACAUUUUCCCACUAACAUUAACAACAUUUCUCAUAGAAACCGGUAUUUGAUCAUUUUUUAAGAACAUAUUCAAGCAGCUGCAAUCAACAAAAACAUAGAUGAAAAAAUAUAAAUCCCCCUUUGUCACAUUUUCUCCAAAUGCCAGUUGCUUUGUCGAUGUUCAGCUCUUUGGAUGCUGAUACAAAUUCCGCUCCACAAGUGCUUUGAGGUUUUGAAACACUUUCAGUAUACUGUAAAAACCCAACUGAACGGCUAGAUUAACAAUAUUGAACAGCGCACAAUUCCCACGGAACAUCUGCCAGGAAGCCACUGUAUUGUUUUUGAUUGACAUUCAUGACUAGCUGCUAUGAAGCUCUUCCACAGGUCUUACUAAUAUGAUUUUACCAAAGCUAACAUCUGCUCAUUACUCUUUCCGACAUUUUAAAAUUGAAGAAAAAACAUAAAACAAUUCGUAAGUCAGCAUCAUCCAUUGAUAAUUAUUUUUAGUGUUUGGGAUUUAUUUAUUUAUUAAUGGCAUUUGAUUCAAUGAAGGUGCUACACGCUGUACGCGAUGAUAAAUUAUGGUCACUGGUUAAAAUAGUAUCAAUUGUAUUCGGGCGAUGAUAUUCCUUUUUAUCGUAUUGUCCAUUAUGUGCUACUAACAAUAUGAAGAAACAAGCUGAAAUGGUUAUUAUGUUAACAAUUAAAAUGUAUAAAUAUUUUCCCAAGCAUUGCACAUUUCAAGUUGAACCUUUAUCAAUAACAGAGCAGUUCCCUGAAUCAUGUGCCUGAUUUUGAUUGCUUUCCGCACACUAAAUCUCUUUAGGCCAUUUAAUUUGAUCCGGUGGAUGUGGAUUGGAAGAGCGUGAAUGCACUGAAAGCUCAUUUUGUAAUCAAAUGUGUAAAGUACUUUGAGGCUGUGAAAUGUAUGUAAAGCAAAUUAUUUUUACCAAUUUUUUGUAAUGUAUUUAUAUUAAAAGACCAUUCAUGACUGAUGAUGGCCAUGACAACAUAAGAGCAAAUUAUAUAACUGUGUUAAUUUUUAUAUAAAAGACUUUCCUUGAGGGCCUGAUUGUCUG